CACUUUUCCCGAGGCAGUGUACAUUGAAACUACAUCUGGUAGUAUUUACAAUUAAUCAUGACUCGAUGGGCAAGAUCUUUGACUUCCAAGGCUUCCAACAAGAAGACUCCUGAGGAAGCCACUCCAUGGCAUGUUAUGGUUGCCUCCAUGAAGGCAACUCAGAGUCGAGAACAAAAUCCUGAAGCUGAUGAUUUUUCUCAUGAGAAUGAAACAGAAGAAGAGAAAGAGGAAGAUGAGGAAGUAGAUCCAUCCUACAGUGAGGAAGUAGAUGAGUCCAUGAAAUCCUCUUCAAUCCCAUGUGACUCAACUGCAUUCAAGGAGGAAGGUGAUAUUGAAAAGGAAGAGGAACAAGACACAGAAGCAGGAAACCAUGAAAUGCCAGAAUAUGAGAAGGCCUCUGGAUCCCACAAAGCCCAAGAAAGGAAAAGAAAACAUCAGUUUGUGACAGAACCGAUGCCAGGGAGGGCUAAAAUUUUCUUUGAGGGUUCCUGGGUCACACCAGAGGUGAAAGCAGAUUUGCUGAAAAUGAGAAAGAAACUCCUGGCUGAUGGAAUCCCAAAGGACAAGGUGUCAGAACUUGUUCGCAAAGGAAGGAGGAGAGAAGAGAAGUCCUACAAGAGAGACAAGAAAAAGGGAUAUGCCCCAAUGAAUUUGAGCCUCCCGAAAGCCUUCCACUGCCUCAUCAGGGCUCUGAAGGACUCGGGAGGUUCCCGCCUCGUCCUUCGACGAAAGUCAUUCCUGGUGGGCGUGUGA